AGCUCCGACCCAACGAACUCUUGUGGAGUAAGUCCGAUUUCAUUUUAAUUCACAAUUCAUCUCCACAUCAUGUCUUUAAAUGUACUAUGCCUGGCAACAGAUUUGACAUAGUCAGAGCGACAUUCAUUAUAUUACUGCGACAUUCAUUAUAACACUCAUCCAAGAAGCAUCAUAACUCUGCUCUUAUCAGACCCCAGUCAGAUAUGAUUCUCGUGAAUCAGGAAUUUAAUUAUGUUAGUACUUGAUGCCAUUUCGGAGCCAGUGCCCCACAGGCUGGUGCGCGUAACAGGGGCAGUCCGCCACUGGACCUGCCAGCAGGCACAUCAUGUGAACAUUGGUGGUCUGCUAUUUCCUGUCUAUGGCCAGCAGUUCAUUGGCUGGCUGGUGCUUGUGCCUGGCUGUCAGGAAGUGACUUUGUCUGUGGACUGUGACCAGUGUCGGCUGCACUGUCAGAGAUCAGUGAGACUGCUGUGCAGGCCAGUAAAUGGGCCACAUUGUGUGCAGCCCACCCUUCUGGUGUGUGCCAAUGAGGAUGGCUCGGUGCCAGCGCCGCCGGGUGAGGACGGCAGCAGGGCGAGCGCCGCUCGCCGCCUCUGGCUUGGCUGUCUGCUGCUGCAGGCGCUGAUCGCCGACAAACUUCGCGAGCACUUCCCCGGACGACCGGCACGCACGUUCGCCCUGCGCGACACAGUGCUGACACAACGCCUCCGCCUGACCCGCGCCGAGGCACAACGCCUCGAGCCCCGCCAGCUGUGGAGCCGCGUCGCCGCCGAGCUGCGCAACACCCGCAUCGACCUGGCGACCACCAAGGUGCUGGGGUUCCUCGCAGGCCCCGCCCUGGACGGAGGUCACGUGUGGCAGGGCGGCGGCGGCCUGGCGCUGUGUUCGGCCGCCUGUCUCUUCAGCUGGCCGCGAUCGGUGCCCGAGAUCGUGCCGCGGUUCUGUGACGGCCGCGCGGCGCCAGAGUGGGCCGAUACCUCCGGCCGCGGCACGCGCUGGGCCUGCCUGAGCACCACGCUGGGCGCCGCCGCGCACGAGCUCUGUCACGCGCUGGACCUGGGCCACGCUGAGCACGGUCUGAUGGGCCGCGCCUACGACGAGCUGUGGCGGUACUGCGUGCUGAGUACGGAGGGCGCCACGGGAGGACUACGUCGGCCGCCACCGGAGCUGCCAACAGUGCCCGGUGUGCCGGCCGGCCACCGCUGCGACGCCGACUGCCACUCGUGUGCGGCGCCCUGCCCGCCGGCCACCAGCGACCUGACGUUCCUGGACGCCGCCAGCGCGGCGUUACUCUAUCACCACGCCUGGUGCGGCGCUGCCGAGGGUAACGACGGACCAGGGACUGUGCAGAUCUCUCCGCAACUGGAGGUUGUGUCGUCUCGGCCGUUGCGCGUGGUGGUGUGCAGAACGGCGGACGAAGAGGCAAAACUUGUGGGACUUUGGACACUGAGUGGAGAGGACUACAGGCUGGACUUAGGUCCAUGGUUUCGUGGUGUUGUGGUGGACUUGCGUGAAGCUAAGUCGGCCAAUAUCGGCAGGAAUACAAAACCAACUUCACCAGACGUUUUGGAAGAAAAACUUGAGAAACCUUCCAGCAAUCUGUCAGACACAGGUGUGUGGAAACAGGAUGUGACUACCGAUAUAGAUCUUCCAUCGGGACGUCAACAACGCUGGUCAUCUGGACAAGAGGUGGGAGACUUUCUGGGUCAUAGUGUUGUAGAGGUUGUUCAAGAGUUUUUGAUUCUUGUUGAAAAUGACAAUGGGGGUCUCGCAAAGCGUGUUUAUCGGCUAUAAACGGUUCUUUCUGAACCAUCGGUACUAGAGUAAAAGAAGCUGCAUUGUGUCUCUCGCUAUACAGAGUGCUAGUCUGCAGAAAGUCUAGUCCGCAGCGUUUGUCUGAAGUCAAGCUGGUUCGUGUGAGGACUUCAUAUUCCAUAGCGUUAUGCGGUAACAAGGGAAACUCUGAAUUUACCUAUGAAUUGUGUUACUAUGUAGUGUGUUGGUAUUAAGUUUUGAAUAAUCAUGUCUUAGUUGCAAAUCCCCUUCUAAAUGAAAUCAUUCCGUUUCUAUGGAUUCCUUCACGUUUGUGUUAUUAGCAAUCGUAUUACAAUUUAGUCUAAUCACUGACGAACUGUCGGGCUGUGCAGUGUACCAUGUGCAUUUUUAUGUAUCCUAGCUCGCCUUCCUGUGGUAAGAUUUCGCCGUAUCUACAUUUAUUCUCAGUGCGAUGGUUCAUGGGUGAUGAUGUAUUGGAAUGCAACGUUGGGGUGCAAUAUUUGUUCGUCAUUGAUUGUAUUGAGUGCAUGCAGCUGACCGAGUUUGUCAUUUGUAGUGGGCAGUGGCUAUAGGAUCAUAUUUGCCCAUUUGUAAGAAUCUUAACCCAUUA